CGCCACUGAUGUGACUCUUGGACAGAGAUGAAGCAGUCUGAGUUGAGCAGAGAAGGACGACCUGGAGGAAAAGAGUGAAGAAACUCAGAAAAAUGCCUCCAAAGAGAAAGAAUGAUGCUGUAAUUAAGGUGGAAGAUGUUGGGAUGGAAGUUGAUGCUGUGAUAGACACAGGAAGCGAAGAUGAAGCCAGGAAGAGAAGAAACAGAAGAGCCAAACCCCAACGUAGAGUCAAACGGGUCAGCGAUGAUGAUGAUGAUGAGGAGGAGGACGACGAUGAGGACGAGGCGCCGAGGAAAAGGGGGCGAAAGAAGAAGGCCAGGGCCCAGGACAGCGACGAGGACGACGAGGAGGACAAAAAAAGUGUGAGAAGCAAAGGAUCAAAAGCCUCCAGGAGGAAAGCAGCUAAGGCGGAGAGCGAUGAGGAGAGUGAUGAAGGAGACAAGAAGAAGAAAAGAGGAGGGAGAGCGGAGUCCAAAAAGGAGAAAGAGGCGCAGAAUAAGGAGAAGAAGGGAAAUGUUAAAGGGAAGGCUGGGGAGAAUAAAGGUGGUGAGAAGGGCAAGAAAAAGAAGAAUGGGAAGUUGAGCAGCUCCUCUUCUUCGUCUUCGUCUGACGAAGAUUCGCUGUCGGAGGGAGAGAUUGCAGCCCUGAAGGAAGAGGUAGAAGAAAAGAAGAAGCUGAUCAGUACAUUAAGGAACAAACCCUGGCGCAUGAAGAGGAGGCUCAUAGUGCUCAAGGAGUCUCAGGAGUUUGUCGAAAAGUUUGAGGGGGCUCUUGGAAAGGGAAAAGGCAGAAAGCUGUAUGCUUACAAAGUCAUGAUGACCAAGAAAUUUAUCAAGUUUAAACGUGACUUUGAGAACUUCAAAACGGCCUGCAUACCCUGGGAGAGGAAGAUAAAGGACGUAGAAAGUCACUUUGGAUCAUCUGUGGCCUCCUAUUUUAUAUUUCUGAGGUGGAUGUACGGUCUGAAUCUGGUCCUGUUUGGGCUGAUGUUUGGCCUGGUUGUGCUGCCUGAGGUCCUCAUGGGUCUUCCAUAUGGCUCCAUUCCCAGGAAAACAGUGCCACGAGACGAACAGGCCACGGCCAUGGACCUUUCCGUGCUCCUUGACUUUGGCGGAUACCUUAAGUAUUCUAUUUUGUUCUACGGAUUCUACAACUGUGAACGUACGAUCGGGCUCCUGCAGUUCAGGCUCCCUCUGUCGUACCUGCUUGUUGGUGUUGGAAUUUUCGGAUACAGCCUGAUGGUUGUCAUAAGAACGAUGGCUCGCAACUCAAAUGUAGGAGGAGACGGUGCAGAGGAGGGAGAAUUCACGUUCAGCUGGAAGAUGUUCACUAGCUGGGACUACCUCAUAGGAAACCCAGAGACUGCAGACAAUAAAUUUGCCUCAAUUACCACCAGCUUCAAGGAAUCCAUCGUGGAUGAACAGGAGAACCAGAAAGACGAGAACAUCCAUCUCAGACGUUUCCUCAGGGUUCUUGCAAACUUUCUGAUCUUGUGCUGUCUGGGAGGCAGUGGGUACCUCAUCUACUAUGUGGUGAAACGUUCUCAGGAGUUUGCUGAUAUGGAUUCAAGCGAACUCUCGUGGCUCGAAAAGAACGAGGUGGAGUUUGUGAUGUCUCUGCUGGGACUGGUGUGUCCUCCUCUGUUUGAAAGCAUCGCAGAGCUCGAAGAUUAUCAUCCUCGCAUUGCCCUCAAGUGGCAGCUUGGGCGGAUAUUUGCCCUCUUUCUGGGAAACCUCUACACCUUCCUCUUUGCUCUCUUUGACGAAGUCACCGCCAAGUUGGAGGCAGAGAAGUCAAUCAAGAAUGCCACUGAAUGGGCUUUCGACCAGUACUACGCCAACUACAGCCUCCACUUCAACACGACAGAUGUGCCUCCUCAAAAUGUGCACCCAGCCGACGUCGUCAGAGGGCCCUGCUGGGAGACGGGAGUGGGAAGAGAAUUUGUGAAGCUAAUCGUGUCAGACGUGCAGGUGACUUAUUUGACCAUCCUGAUUGGUGAUUUUGCACGAGCUGUCAUCGUCCGCUUCCUCAACUACUGCUGGUGCUGGGACCUGGAGGCUGGAUUUCCAUCAUAUGGAGAGUUUGAUAUCAGCGGAAAUGUGCUAGGGCUGGUCUUCAAUCAAGGGAUGAUAUGGAUGGGAGCUUUUUAUGCCCCAGGUCUGGUGGGUCUGAACGUGUUGCGUCUCCUGACCUCGAUGUAUUACCAGUGCUGGGCAGUGAUGUCCUGCAAUGUUCCUCAUGAACGGGUUUUCAAGGCCUCACGCUCCAACAACUUCUACAUGGGCCUGCUGCUUCUUGUGCUUUUUCUCAGCCUGUUGCCCGUCGUCUACACUAUCAUGACCCUACCCCCGUCCUUUGACUGUGGGCCAUUCAGUGGUCAGGACAAGAUGUAUGAUGUGGUUAUGGAGACCAUAGAACAGGACCUGCCUGCUUUUAUAGGGAACAUUUUCACAUAUGCCACUAACCCUGGACUCAUCAUGCCUGCUGUCCUCCUCAUGGUGUUGGCACUUUACUACCUAAAUGCGGUGUCAAAAGGAUACCAGCAAGCAAACAUGGAUCUUAAAAAGAAGAUGCAAAUGGCUCGAGACGAGGAGAAGAACCGCAGGAACAACAAGGACAGCACUAAUCAAGUGAUGAAAGACUUGGAGGACCUGCUGCCGGACAAAUCUCUAAUACCUCCUCCCACUGAGGAAGAACCUCCCCCACCUGAUGUCGUAGUUGAGAAGGGAAGCAAGUCUACCAAGACGAAGCCUGGUUCAGCAGGGAAAGGGGUUAACCUGCAAAAGGAGGUGUCGCUGGCUGCCCUGAACCCAAGAGGGCCAGUGACUCGUGCUCCGGGGCCGAGAGCAGGGCCUCCUGUGAAUGCCAGAAGUCCUCAGCCUGGGCCUGGCAGGGGCAGAGGCAGAGGUCGGGGUGCACCUCACAGGCAAUGACAGAGGUAGACCUCAAAACCAGACAAUAACUCAUCACAGACAAUAAGGUGCUGGCACACUGCAGUCAUAUUGCAGUGGACAGGUCGCUGGAAUAAUUACAGACUUUUAUGUUUGUUAGAUGUAUUAAAAUAAACAAACUAAAUAUUUCACUAACUUGUUCAUAGUCACUUUAUUUCAUCACUGAACAGCAUUCAAAUGUAUCCCUUAAAUGUAGUAAUUACUUAAUCCAUAAUUAUUUUAAGUAGUGCAAUUGCUGCAGUCACACCUCUGAACAGAAACUGUUGCACAUAGGGUGUACAUGGGUUUGAUCAUACAGCACUGAAAUCAGUGUGAGGUUUACUGGUUAACAGUAUGA